AUGGGAGUGGGCGAUUACGUCCACUCCAGAGAGCCUGGCCAGCCUCGCGCACCUACAGACUUGGCACCCUCUCAACGCCAAUUGCGGGCUGCCCAGGCAAAAGUCGAUGUACCAAAUACUCAAUUAGGUGGCUUUCAAAGUCCCGUCAGGCCUUCCCCUCCAAGCUUCCAGGAACCAAGGUCCAUUCCAGACCAGCAGCUUCGCUCAGCCCAAGAAAAUGGAGCGCGUCGCGAUGCCUUUGACACUGAUGUGGAAGGGAUCGAUGAUUCAACCAUUGCUGGAACUAGUGUCUACGGAUUCGAUGAUGGCCAGCCCCAUGCAUUUGUGAAUCAUGAUGCUCCAUACACGGAGACUUCCCCGCGUCCCUCUUACUUGCCCCGCCCUGUCUACCGUUCCAGAGCAUCCUGGCUUGACGAAUUGGGGAACAAAGCCAUGAAGAAAGCAGCAUUUGAUUCCGAUGAUCCAGAUGACACUUCUAGUCAAGUUACAUCGUCUGCAGGAGCAGAUGAUGAGGGGACUGAACACCUCUCACAGCCAGCCCAGCAGCAGCAGGCACAACCACAGCAACAAGAGCAAGAACAACCGCAACCACAAAGCAGUUGGUAUCAUUCUCAUAAGUAUCGUUCAGCAGAAGAGCCGCUAAGCAAGCGCCUGGAAAGUUUCUGGUCUGCAAGCAAGAGAACAUCGAAGUCAGUGGACCAGUCACAGACAAACCCCCAGCCCCGAGUUACGGUAGACCCUAUUCCAGAACCUGGUCCUCAACCACGUAAGCUUGGCCACAUGCUGCCACCCACAGCUGCUAGGAAGAUUACUCUUCCACACAGCAUGUCAGCCACACCAAGAACAAGAACACGCUUCAGUCCGCCAAAGCCGUCACUGCUGGACCAGCUAGAUAUUUCACCAAGCCGACUUGCUUCAGAACCACCACCACAAGCUGGACGAACCCUCAGCAUUACAGCAUUUGCUAUAGAUGAUCAUAGCGACCAUGAUGCAGGCGAUGUAAUGGAUGAAACAAUCAGAUUGAGUAGCAGAAGAGACAGCGGGCAUUCAUCAAACGUAUUCGGCAUAACCAAUAUGUCAGACUUCGACCGUGACGAAUCUUCUCUCCAAGUCGGUCAGGAUCCAUUCCUCAAUCACACAUCAUCCACACGCAGCCGUCGCAAUACAGUCAUAAACACCAACAAAAGACACCUGGAACCAGAUUACCCCCCUCAACAACUCUAUCAAAAAUCAUUCGCAGAGCUCCAGGACGAACCAUUCGAAAAAGCACAAUCCACUCAACCCCCAACUCCUGUCAAAUCACCCUCUUUACCACCCAUGCCUGCUGUUGUCCCUAAUGCCGACUCAACCGAUGAAAUGGGGUCUCAUCUCCUAAACCUGACUGGUGAAGACCGCCGAACUUACCUAUCUCGCUUGUCUGUGGAUGAAUGGGAAUCCUGUGGAGAUCAACUCCUCGACCAAUUCAGUCAUCUUCUAUCGGAAAUGAAGAACUUGCGUCGUGCUCGCAGACAUACAGCGCGGGUGUUUGAAGAUGAAAUUAAACGCCGCCAUAACCAGGUUGAAGAGCAGAAUCAGGAUCUGUCUGUGAAGCUGGAGGAAAUGAGAACCGGAGGCGCAGAGGUUCUGCGUGGACGGAACUCAUGA